UGUGUAGUGAUAUGCCUAAGCGUAUAAUCGCAUCAUAUGCACUAACCAAGUGAUUUGUGUGUGCCGAGCGCUGUUACCGUUGUAGUUGCCAAUUGAAUUGAAUUUGUGAUGUUGUUGUUGUGGUUGCGUUGUUCAAGCAUUAAAUGUGAUUUAUUUCCGAAAACCACGUUAUGGAAUACAGACGUUUGAUUUUUGCCACCGAAAAAUGCUUCAACUUCAACUACUUAGCUACUAAGCCGUUAACUGUUAAACUGUUGCGGCUUGAAAUUAUUCAAAUUCAACGCACACACACAUACACAUACUUGUUUGUAUGUAUAUAUUUCAAUAUAUAAGUCAUUCUACAUAAAUAAAUUCGUUAAUAAAACAACAUGCGCGCUUAAUUAAUGUGUGUUGACACAGCGACUGUACCAACUGUACAAAUAAAAUGUGGAAUUAUACUAAAUGUGAAAUAAUGAAAAUAAUCAUGAAUUUAUAACGAUAGAAAUCGUGUUGAAAUAUGCAAAUAAAAUUUUAUUGUUCAUACUAAAAUAUGUAUUUACACAUAUAAAAAUAUGAAUAAUUCUUAAGUGCGCAUAAAACCGUAAAAGUUACAACAACAAAUAAACAUAUGUAAUAUAGGUGAUAAUUGCAAUAUAAAUAAGUAAUAAUUUAUGCAUAAUUCAAAUGCGUUAAGACAGUUUAACGCCUGGCAGAGUAUUUGCCUAGACAAAGUUACAUACAAACAUUAAAUGGAAGGUGAAAGUGUGGUGGCAACAUCUAUACUCAAUUCACACCGCUCUGUGGAAGCAAUGCUUGAGCAUUUUGCAGAAAAUUUAACCCGCACACAGGAAUAUUACGAAAAUCAUGAUGCCAACGCAACAGUGGCCGUAGCCGAUAUGACCACAACAACAUCACCAAAUAUGCCACUGUCUCGCUUGGCACAAGUGCUAAUCACAAUAUCACCAAAUUUAGCAGAGAAUAACACAAAUUAUCCAUUUCUGUCAGACAUAUUAGAAACAACAACAGCUAGUAAUGUCGUCUACGACACACACGCUCCAGAAUUCUCCACCGGAACACUGGUCAAAGUCUGGGUGCUGGCUGUGAUGGCCACGGCGUCACUCUUCGGCAAUAUGCUCACCAUGUGGAAUAUCUACAAGACACGCUUCAAACGGCGUAGCUUGCGGAAUUCGUGGAAUGCCAUCUACUCGCUGCUGUUUCAUCUAUCGAUCGCCGAUUUGCUUGUAACGGGUUUUUGUAUUAUCGGCGAGGCAGCCUGGGCGUACACGGUGCAAUGGCGUGGCGGUGAUCUGCUGUGUAAAACCUUUAAGCUCUUCCAGAUGUUCAGCUUGUAUUUAUCCACAUACGUGAUGGUGCUGAUCGGCGUGGAUCGUUGGUUUGCGGUUAAAUUUCCCAUGAGAUCGUUAUAUAUGACCAAGAGAUGCUAUCAAUUUCUGGGCAUUGUGUAUAUCUCAUCGUUUAUAUUGAGCAUACCACAGUUUUUCAUAUUCCAUUUAUCGCGUGGCCCGUUCAUCGAAGAAUUCCAUCAAUGCGUGACGCAUGGCACCUACACGGCCCCAUGGCAGGAGCAGAGCUACACCACAUUCACGCUAUUCAGCACAUUUCUGAUACCCUUUUGUGUGCUCACCGUCACCUAUAUAUCCACGUUCCGUGCGAUUUCAAAAAGUGAAAAGAUAUUCUUGGGACCGCAACAGGAGCCGCACACCAGCGCCAAUUUAAUGCACACAAAUCGACAACGGCUCAUACAUAAGGCGAAAAUGAAUUCGUUGCGUCUGUCUUUUGUGAUAAUAAUUGCAUUUCUCAUUUGUUGGGCACCCUAUUGCACUCUCAUGGUGUUGCUACAGUUUGUCAAAAUCGAUGAAGCGACGAGUAAAAAAUGUAUUGCUGUUAUAUUCUUUUUUGGCAUGUCCAAUAGUCUGGCUAAUCCGGUUAUCUACUACGUCUUCCAUCUGCACUCUAAGAGUAAAUCGAGUGAUAAAGGCGGCAAUGGUGGUCACAGUUUGAAUAGAGCCGACUCACAGCGAAAUCCAUCCAUGCUAACGGCUGUUACACAAAUCGACGGCAGCGGCCGGAGCACACGCAUCAACCGCCAGCCCAGCUAUUAUCGCGCCCAACACAAUGUCAGCAACAACUCCAAGGAGCAGACCAGCCUGCUACAGAUGACCCCCACCGCCGCCAUUGUGCAUAAAUUCAAUUCGAAUUCGGAACGCAGUUCGGUGGGUUCAUCGCCACAAACAUGCUCCACCAAUUUUACACGCAGCGAACUGGGCGACCAAGAGCACGAGAGUGGCUGUGAGGGUGGCGGAGGAGGCGGCGGCAAGCGCGAUGCAAAUUCGCACAGCACCGUGGUGUAUAGCUUCAAGAAGCCAGCUAUUUUGCGCGCAAAAAGUUUCGAAGCAUUAGCAAUUUCACCGCCGCCCAAUAAUCGUAUGCAAGCGCCGAAAGCGGUGCCACCUGUGUCCGAGAAUGGGUUUCAUCGUUCGGUGUGUGUGCUGAGCUUGGAAGAUUGUAAGAUAUGUGCCGACGAGCAUGUCUCUAAUGUGUAAAUGCCACGGUGUGUGUGCGUGGGUGGGUGUACGAUUUGCAUAGGAAAUACUUUUUCGAGAAAAGCAAGUUCCUUAUUUAAAUAACACAUUCCUCUAAGAAGUGUGUGUGUAUGUAUGUACAUAGUUACUUGUUUACGUAAGUAUAUAUGUAUUUACUUUUCCCCGACAAUAUACUAUUAUCUAUAUGUAUGUGUGUGUGUUUUAGUGUAUUAAACUUGUCAAAUAGGAUUUGUAUAUUUAUGUAUAUAAAAUAUAAAGUGCAAACUUUUGUUAUUUUGUAUAGCGUUAAGAUGUGCUUAGCUACAUACGGACAUCUGUGCAAUAAUAGCGCAAAAUGUGAAAGUGCAGUAAAUUUAAAAAAAUAUUAAAAAUCUUUGUAGAUUAUAUUUGUAUAGUAGAGUAUAUAUGUAUGUACAUAUUUGUAUAUAAGAAAAAAAUUAAAAUUAUAAAUUUAUACCAAACAUCGAAUUUUUAAGACAUAAAAAAUAUAAAAAAUAGUAAUAAUAAACUAUAGUUAUAUAUAAUAUUUUAAAAGUAUAUGUAUGUGUAAAUAUGUUAUUAUUUUUAUACUCUCGCAACCUGUUGCACAGAGUAUCAUAGUUUUGUUCACAUAACGGUUGUUUGUGUCACCAAGAAAUAUAAGAGUUAGAUAUGGGGUUAUAUAUACAUAAAUGAUCAGGAUGACGAGUAGAUUUGAAAUCCGGAUGUCUGUCCGUCCGUCUGUCCGUCUGUCCGUGCAAGCGAUAACUUGAGUAAAAAUUAAGAUAUCUUAAUGAAACUUGGAACACAUGUUCCUUGGCACCCUGAGGAGGUUGCUUUCGAAAAUGGGCAAAAUCGGUUCACUGCCACGCCCACAAAAUGGAGGAAACCGAAAACCUAUACAGUGUCAUAACUAAGCCAUAAAUAAAGUUAUGAAAAUGAAAUUUGGAACAUAGGAUCCCAUUAGGGAGGGGCACAUUUGGAUGUAAUUUUUUUGGAAAAGUGGGCGUGACCCCGCCCCCAAAUAGGUUUUUUGUAUAUAACUCGCAAACCAAUAAAGCUAUAUAAGCCAAACUUUCUGCAGUCGUUUCUUUUAGCCAUUUCCUUAUACAGUCCAAAAAUGAAAG